CAGGACACCCCCGCUUUACAUACUGUUGAGCCUCAUCGCAACUACGAGGGCACCCAGUUCGAACUGCCAUGGAAUAAUAUCAUCGCAUUCUUCAACGAUACGUCUUGGGGGACUUCUCAACACGUACGUCGUGUUAUUGAUAUGAUUCAGUGGUGCCCAAACCUACAGACAUUUCAUAUGCAAUUGAUAUGCUCUCCACCCUUGGCACCGGUUAGCCUUACCCCUCCGUUUCGAUCAAGUUUGCGCGAUCUCACGGCAUGUGAAGGCCCCAUAUUUCGGAGUGUAAUCUUGCCCCAAUUAGAGAAAAUACAUGUCGUUUCUAGCGGGGAUGAAAUUUGUCAUGAUGACGCUCUCCCAGGUCUUCUGAGCCUCCUCCAACGCUCGCAAUGUUCUCUCGUAUCACUCGAGCUCACCAAUGUCAUCUUCACUGACAUUAUUUUUGACAUUCUCCAUUGCAUCCCACACAUCAACACUCUCAAACUUUCCACACGAUGCUGGGCCACCGGCUACGAUCGCAUAUUCAAAGCCCUCAUUGACCGCUUGGCUUCCCAUCCCUCUACUCAGCAAAGCUUUCUUCCUCUCCUCAGGAAUCUUCAUAUCACUAUCAAUGAUGUCCUCAUAAAAAUGCCCUGUGCUUUUAUUGAUCAUGUUUUCUUUGAAUGGUAUCUUCUAGAUGGAACACUAGGAUCUUGUCAGCCGUCACCCUGGAUGCAGCGCCGUUCAGACACUGUACGUGCCUUAUCAAUGCACAGAGAGUACUUGCCACAAACCCAUGGCUACUACUUUUAUCCACCGAGCAAUCCUGCGUCAUCUCACCGCAUGGGAACCCGCCGUUCUUUGUUGUCUGGUAUUGCCAUGGCUGGAACGAAUUUGCCUUUCCUCCGAGGAACACUAAUGAUGCGCUUCCCGCUCUCUUGGGCCUUCUUCAGUGCUCAAAAUGUAGCCUCACUUCAUUGACGCUUAAUAGUGCCCUCUUCACCGAGAUAUUGUUCGAUAUCCUUAAGCUUACCCCGGCCAUUGAACUCUUGCACCUAUAUACGCGUUGCUGGCGGUCACACUACAAUCCAGUCU